UGUGGUUACAGAGGGCUGGACAAGCCCUGGGGCUCCGCGGUGCUCUGCUGGGGUGCAGCAGCUCUGCUGUCACAGCGGGCGCUCGCGGAUGUGCGGGGUGUGCGGGCACUGCGGGGACAGCGCGGCGGGGUGGGAUGCUGGGAGCGGGGCUGCGGGGGCUGCGGGUGCGGGCGCUGACGCUGUGUGCCCCGCAGACGCCAAGGCGUACAGCUCGGACGAGGAGAAGCUGGAGGUGAAAUCGGCAGCGACGCCGUGCAGCGAACGGGAGGAGGAGAGCUCGGCGGGCGACAGCGAGGAGGAGCCCUUCCUGGACGGGGCGGCCGCGGCCUCUCUGGGUCCCAAGGGGAAGGGGAAGGGCGGCCCCGCGGCCGAGCAGCCCCCGCCGGGCUCCGGGGCCGGGAAGAGUCGCCGGCGGCGCACGGCCUUUACGAGCGAGCAGCUGCUGGAGCUGGAGAAGGAGUUCCACUGCAAGAAGUACCUCUCGCUGACGGAGCGCUCGCAGAUCGCGCACGCCCUGAAGCUGAGCGAGGUGCAGGUGAAGAUCUGGUUCCAGAACCGCCGCGCCAAGUGGAAACGCAUCAAGGCGGGCAACGUCAGCAACCGCUCGGGAGAGCCCGUCCGCAACCCCAAGAUCGUGGUGCCCAUCCCGGUGCACGUCAAUCGCUUCGCCGUGCGCAGCCAGCACCAGCAGAUCGAGCAGGGGGCCCACCCUGAGCCGCGGCGGCUCUCGGACCCUGGGGCGGGCGGAGCGCCGGCAGCGGGAGGGGCCCGGGGCCGCUCGCACUCCUCUGUACAUGUCCCUUAUUUAUUCCCUGUAAACUCUGUACAUACGGCGACGCGUCCGUCCGUCCGUCCGAGCCGUCCAAUCCACACGCUGGCAGAUGUGCGAGGUCCUGCAGGCAAAGCCCUGCCCAUCCCUCGUGCUACAACUGGCCCUGAGCUAAGCAGACGCCCGUGCUGA